UGGUCAGACUGUGAGCGUGUACCAGUAUAGAAUAUAACGUCGACCGUGGAAUUUUUCCUGUCUAUUUUCGCUUUCGGUUUCCGAUAAAUUGAAAAAUGGCGUUUGCAAGUUCGAAAGAAGAUAUCAGUAAAAUGGAGUGCUCUAUCUGUACAGAGGUAUUUAGGGAACCAAGAUCAUUAAACUGUAGCCACAUUUUUUGUGAAACAUGCAUUCAGACAUGGGUAAUGAGGCUAUCCGCAGAUUCGCCACAGUUGCAGGGCAUUGAAUGCCCUUUAUGUCGGGAGGUAACGAAGCCUCCCAAAACAGGUCUACCACCGGAUAAAUGGGCUUCUCACCUACAAAGGGCAACAACAGGACAGCUCAGGCAGAAGAGUUCGACAGACAUAUCUUUUUGUGACCCGUGUAUGUUGGUUAACGAACGCAAUACUGCGAGGUACUGUUGCAUUGACUGUGGUGAGAAAAUUUGCAUUGACUGUGAAAAGACUCAUAAAAGAUUCCGACCAACAAGAGACCAUAAGGUGUUUGAGCUGACCAUUGACAAUCAGCGCUCACAACUGGAGCAGAUGCAGGAAAUACAAAAACUUCUGAUGUGUGACAAGCAUUCGGACAAGCCUAUUGAGUUUUACUGUGAAGAGGACGAGGAAGUAUUUUGUUCAACGUGUGCGUUUAUUGACCACAGAUCAUGUUCGGAUGUACAGGAGAUCGAUAACGAAUAUGAUCGAGGCAAACCAAUGCGCACAGUAAAAAAGAUAUUUACCAACAUGAAAGAAACUCUAGAUAAUUAUUCCAAAAUAUACACAUCGUAUGAAAAAGACCUUAAUGAGGAUCACUCAAAACUGAAAGCAACUGUGCAUGAUGCUAAGGUUAAGCUGAUAAAGAGCAUUGAACGAUCAGAGAACAAGCUUAUUGCAGAGAUCAAAGCAGCAACUGAUGCCUUUGUCCAUGGAUGUCGCAAUGAUCUCAAGGAAAUCAAGACUAGAUCAGAUUAUGUUAAUCUAUCAACAAAUACAGCCCAGUACUGCUUAAGGAAUGACAUCGGAAAGAAGGCACAUUUUAUUGUAAAAUGUAAACUAGAGAAACGACUUGAUCAGAUUAAUGAACAAACAGGGGAGCUUAGUGCAGACUUUGAUUCAAAGUUCAAAAGAUUAAAAUUAGUUGACAAUAUGGAUUAUGUUUUCCCGCAGACAGGUGUCCUAGGAAAGAUGGAGGAAUAUUCACAGAUAUUGGAAGUGCCCUCAUCUAAUGAUAUAAGAGAAAUGUCGGAAAAGAACAACUUAGUUCCCACAUUUGACUUGGCUUCUCCUGCUGGACAACUCAGCAAGCAGAAGUCAUAUUUUGUUUCAUGUGACUUUUUCACUGAUGAAAUCGGUGUAUUUUCCGACCAAAGAAAUAGACGUGUUGUUAUGUACUCCAUCAACAACAACGAGAUUUUGGCUCAAUUAAAACCAAAAUCAUAUCCUUGGACAGUUGUAACAUCAGGUAAAGAUGUACUUGUUUCUUUCCCAGACGAAAAGAAAGUCGUUGUUUUUGACGAUCAUCUGAGGAAAAAGCGAGAGUUGCAUUUAAAAGGAAUGAGCGCCUCCUUCCAGCUAGAACUACCUGAUACAAUUUUUACAAUGAUACAAAGUGGAAUUGCUAGCAGCCCUGCAAAAUUUGAUUUGAUAUCUGGAAAACCCAAAGAAUGUCUUGCUAGGAAUCUGAAAAUCGAAGAAACGCCGGACCACUUUCACCUUGACGAAGAACGAUUGUACUGGUCAUGCGAAAGAAUAAACACAGUCAUUGCUUAUGAUUAUCAAAAUGAUGCAAAAGAAUUUGAGUACAGUCAUUCAGAUUUGGUAUGGCCAACAGGAAUAGACACCGACUUUGAUGGAAACAUAUACAUUUGUGGAUUGAAAUCAAGGAACAUACAUGUUUUAGAGAACGGUGGAACGCUGCUCCGAGUGUUUGAUCUAUCCAGCUAUAACAUAUCGCCAACAUUUAUUCGCGUCAGUGAAAAUGGGGAAGACGUUAUUAUUCUAGGAGAUGCUAAUAAAACUGGACCGUUUUUCUUUAAACUUAAGUAAUCAAACAGUGACAGUAUUAAACUUGAACCAGAUUUGAUUCGGUGUUACGUUUUUUUUUCUUUCAGUGAUUAGACGUCAGUAUAGCAAUACUCGAGUUUUUACUGUUUUAAUACACUUAUUGAAACUCAAAUCUUAAAAUCAAUACAUACACAUGUAUAACAAACAUGAAUUUUGAGUGAUAAACCUUUAACUACUUACUAAAUAAUGCAUAUAUGGAAAAUAUCAAUUUCUGAUAACAAGAUUGUUACCAUGUAUGUAUAUGAAUAUAUAACUUAUAAGGGAUCAAGCAUGAUUGUGCUCAACCUCAGUCAUAUAAUGUAAUGGUUGAAAUCUCAGAUUGAUUUCUACACCCAACAAAAUUUAAUUAAUGGUCACCUUAUCAUUUUUGAAAUAUUCAAGUUCAAUAACUGUCUUCUGACAAGUCUUUUGGGAUGGUUGUUUAUUGAAGUAUCUAGAAAAAAUUAAGUUCAUUAUUGUACAAGAGUGUUACAAGGGGUUUAUGUGUUGUUUUUUAAUGAAAUCUGAAAGUAAAGAAAAACAACUGUUGAUUUGAUUAGGUAUUACCUGUGUAUCUAAAGUUUUAAGUUGCUACCUCAUACAUGUAUUUAUUUGAAAUUAAAUAUAUAAUUAAUAACUUGAAUGAUAAUUCGAUCUAAACAAUUAAUCAUGAGACUUAUUUAUUUAAGUCUAAGGCCGCAUAUUUGGCACCGUUAUAUUUUAUUUAGAAUGCAGAAAAAUGUUUGUGAAUUAAAUUAUCUAAUAUUUAGGCUUGGUUUAACGAAACUCUGCACAAUUGAGUUUCUGCUAGUAUCUGUGUAAAAGUAAGUCAACUAGUUAAAAAGAAAAUUGUCAACAAAGCAUCAUUAAAUGGGUUCCAUCAUUUUGUACAUGUAAUUACUAACUAAAAUGUUUUGAUACUUCA